AUGGGCGGCUGCAGCAUCGGCGGGCGGUGGUGGCGGCGAGGCGCGGCGCUCCUGCUGGCCGCGCUCCUGCUCAGCCCGGCGGCGGAGGCGGCGGCGGCUUGCUCUGGUUGUGGAAAAUGCGACUGCAGUGGAGUAAAGGGGCAAAAGGGUGAAAGAGGCUUGGCAGGUUUACAAGGUUUGGUUGGGUUUCCUGGAGUACAAGGGCCCGAAGGGCCUCCAGGGGCCCCAGGACUGAAGGGUGACACUGGAGAACCAGGACUGCCAGGAACAAAAGGAACCAGAGGACCACCAGGUCCAGCGGGCUAUCCGGGGAACCCUGGCCUUCCUGGAAUCCCUGGAGGAGAUGGGCCACCAGGACCUCCUGGUAUCCCAGGAUGCAAUGGGACAAAGGGUGAAAGAGGUCCUUUGGGUCCACCAGGUUUACCUGGGCAACCUGGAAAACUAGGGCCUCCAGGAAUUCCAGGAAUAAAGGGAGACCCAGGAGAAAUUAUUGGGCAACUACCUGGUGGUAUAUUGAAAGGCGAAAAAGGAUUCCUUGGACAACCUGGAUUACCGGGAGUAGCUGGACCCCCAGGAAUUCCAGGCCCUGUCGGACCACCUGGACCCCAAGGAAGACCAGGUCCUCCAGGGCCAACUGGUGUACAAGGGGAGAAGGGCCAUAUGGGCUUAAGUUUCCAAGGACCAAAAGGUGAAAAGGGUGAACGGGGAGUCAUGGGCCCUCCAGGUCCUCAAGGAGGUACCCCACAGCAGCAAGAAAAAGGGACCAUCGCCAUCCAAGGGGACAAAGGUGAUCCAGGGGAAAAGGGAGAUCCCGGCUUUCCGGGAUCGCCGGGCUUAAGCAUUAAAGGAGAGAAAGGUGAACCUGGGAAAGUUGGUCCACGGGGACGACCUGGAAAAGAUGGAGAAGAUGGAGAAAAGGGAAGAACUGGACCAAAUGGUCCACCAGGAUUUCCAGGAUUGCCUGGUGCUGAUGGCCCUAAGGGAGAUAAGGGUAUACCUGGUCCUCCAGGCCCUCCAGGAAUUGUUAUUGGUGUAGAUGAAGUGGAACUAUAUGGGGAAAAGGGAGAUCCGGGCCCCCCAGGACUUCCAGGACAAAAAGGGGAACUGGGAUACAAAGGCUUUCAAGGUCUCCCAGGCCUGCCCGGUCCUGCAGGACCGCCCAGCCCAGGGACCACAGGGGCUCCUGGGUUUCCUGGAGACAGAGGAGAAAAGGGGGAUCGGGGGCCCCCUGGACUUCCUCUGUUUGGACCGAAAGGAAGAGAUGGAUUCCAAGGCCCCCCCGGGAUCCCGGGCCCUCCAGGCCCCCCCGGCAUCAUAGAUGAAAUUCUGGGAUGUCAGCCUGGUCCCCCUGGUGACCCUGGUGCUCCGGGCACUCCUGGCCAACAUGGUUUCUCGGGAGAAAGGGGAGAGAAAGGUGACAGUGGUGAAAGCUGUAUCUCCUGUGAUGUGCCAAUACUUCCUGGACCACCAGGACCCCAAGGUCUCCCAGGAGAUCCUGGCUUUCCAGGCCCUCCAGGUGCAAAGGGGGACAGGGGCAAUCAUGGGUACGACGGCAUUCCUGGAGUGGCGGGUCCUGCUGGUGUACCCGGAUUAAUUGGAAGCCCAGGAGCUAAAGGAGAACCCGGAGAUGUUUUCUUUGACUCUGAUUUGAAGGGUGACAAAGGAGACCCUGGUUUCCCUGGGCUUCCGGGCAUUUCUGGCCAAGACGGGAGGCCCGGGCGGGAUGGAGUGCCAGGUGUGCCAGGUCCUAAAGGCGCCUCGGGAACAAUUGGCUUAAAAGGCGACCGUGGCCCUCCAGGGACAAGUGGGUUUCCAGGACCCCGUGGAGAAAGGGGCUUCCCUGGCAAUCCCGGAUCAGGGAUUCCAGGACCAACUGGUGCUAAAGGGGAAAAGGGUAGUUCAGGGUUCCCUGGCACUACAGGACUUCCAGGGCCUAAAGGUGAAACUGGGCAGGCCAUUUUCUUGCACGGUGCUCCAGGGCCAGCCGGUGUUCCUGGGCCUCCUGGCCUACCAGGCGUCCAAGGUGACAAAGGUGAUGCGGGGAUCCCAGGAAGACCUGGCCUGCCAGGUGAAAAAGGUGGAAGAGGCCCACAAGGAAUUGGCUUUCCAGGUGCUCCAGGACUUCCAGGUUUCCCAGGGCAGCAAGGCUCACCUGGUCCCAUUGGGGAGAAGGGCAAUCCUGGUUCCUCCGGGUUACCUGGAGUACCAGGGUUGCAAGGCCCCAAAGGUGACGCUGGUGUAGGCCUCCCAGGUCAGAAAGGGUUUCCUGGCCCAAAAGGACGAGAUGGCAUUCCUGGACCAAAAGGGGAUCAAGGGCUGCCUGGAUUAAUAGGAGAAAAAGGAUUCCCGGGUGCGCCAGGACAACCAGGUCUCCAAGGUGAUUCCGGUCCUGCUGGAUUACCAGGUCUGCAGGGAUCUCCCGGUGUGCCAGGAAUAGGUCCACCUGGCCCUCCUGGUCCAUCAGGUCAAACUGGGCCUCCAGGACCCAUAGGAUCUACAGGGUCAAAAGGGGAGAAGGGUUACACUGGCGUCCCUGGGCGAGACAUGCCAGGGCCGAAAGGAGAUAAAGGUAGCCAUGGACAACCUGGGCUCCCAGGUUUGCAAGGAUUGCCGGGUCUGCCUGGCCCACAAGGAAAAGAAGGGCAGCCAGGUUUCCCAGGAAUCAAAGGAGAAAUGGGAGUUAUGGGAACCCCUGGAAUCCAGGGUCCUAGUGGCCCUGUGGGAUCUCCUGGACUUCCUGGUGAAAAAGGUGACACUGGUUUUCCUGGAGUGCCAGGACUCAGAGGUGGCCCUGGUUACAAGGGUGAAAAAGGUGAGGCCGGCCUGCCGGGAGAGCCAGGGAAAAUGGACCACGUCGACAUGGAAAGCAUGAAAGGGCAGAAAGGAGAAGAAGGAGAAAAAGGUUAUCAAGGAGCACACGGUGAGAAGGGGACUCAAGGAGAUCCUGGCACAACAGGCGUGCCAGGGAAGGAUGGUGAUCCCGGUUUACCUGGCCAACCAGGGCCCAAAGGGGACGUAGGCUCUCUAGGGUAUCCUGGCGAAUCAGGGUCACCUGGGUCUAAAGGAGCAAUGGGAGAAAUGGGUCUGCCAGGGCACUCAGGAGAAAAGGGCGUGCAAGGUCUUCCGGGUGAUCCAGGCACACCAGGGUUUCCAGGACAGAAAGGUGUGAAAGGGGAGAAAGGAGAAACUGGACUUCCUGGAAUUGGCAUCCCCGGGAUUCCUGGUGAAAAGGGAGAACAAGGAAGGGCAGGUCUUCCAGGCCUACCUGGGGAGAGAGGCGAAAAGGGUGUUGUGGGACUUCCAGGUAGUCCCGGUUUUCCAGGUUCCAAAGGGCAGCCAGGUGUUCCAGGUGUUCCUGGUAUUCUAGGAACACCAGGAGAAAAGGGUGAAAAGGGAUUGCCAGGCUUGUCUGGGUCUCCUGGCUUAAAAGGUCAAACAGGUGAUCCUGGGCAGCAGGGUUUUCCUGGUUCCCAUGGAGAAAAAGGACAGCCUGGCUAUGACGGAAUCCCAGGCAUACCUGGUGCAAAAGGUGACGCAGGUCUUCCAGGCAGAGGACUUCCUGGUCUCCUGGGUGAAAAAGGAGAGAAAGGUACACAAGGAGAUGUGGGCUUCCCGGGAGCUCCAGGAAGUCCGGGGAUUCCUGGUGGAAAAGGGGAACCAGGAUUUGUGGGUCCACAAGGUCCCCAAGGCCAGCCGGGCAUUCCGGGAUUACCAGGCAGAGUCAUGGACGGACCUAAGGGAGACCGGGGGCCUCAAGGUCGGCCAGGGAUUCAAGGGCAACCUGGACCACCUGGAUCUCCAGGAGUCCCUGGACUGUCAGGGGCAAAAGGAGAAAAGGGAAGCCCGGGUUGGCCAGGGCCAUCCGGAAGGAUAGGAGUCAAAGGUGACCUAGGACCCCAAGGAGUCCCUGGAAAUGCUGGCUUUCCUGGAGCGGAUGGUUCAAAAGGUGACAUGGGACCCCCUGGAAUUCCAGGUCCUCCAGGUCAAAAAGGUUCUUCUGGCUUCUCUGGCCUCAAAGGUGAACAAGGAGAUCAAGGGGCUCCAGGUGCUAAAGGUUUUCCAGGCCCACCAGGUCCUCCGGGCCCUGCUCAGCUUCUGAAAGGAGAACCAGGUUUACCAGGUCUUCAAGGCCCAGUUGGACCCAAAGGACUUACUGGUCUCCCAGGCCCCAGUGGGCAACAAGGUGUAACAGGAUCUGUGGGGCUGCCUGGUCCCCCCGGCGUCCCAGGAUUUGAUGGUACACCUGGUCAGAAAGGAGAAACUGGUCCUGCUGGCCCCACAGGCCCCAGAGGUUUUCCUGGUCCCCCUGGCCCGGAAGGCGUGCCGGGGCCGAUGGGUGCACCAGGCGCUCCCUCUGUAGCCCAUGGCUUCCUCGUGACUCGGCACAGCCAAACCACGGAAGAGCCCCAGUGUCCAUCUGGAACAAGAGUCAUGUACUUUGGGUAUUCCUUGCUUUAUGUGCAAGGGAACGAACGCGCACAUGGCCAGGACCUGGGCACGGCUGGCAGCUGUCUACGUAAAUUCAGCACAAUGCCUUUCCUGUUCUGUAACAUUAACAAUGUGUGCAACUUUGCCUCCCGGAAUGAUUAUUCCUACUGGCUCUCCACCCCAGAGCCAAUGCCUAUGAGCAUGGCUCCCAUGACUGGGGACAGUAUCCGGCCUUUCAUCAGCAGAUGCGCCGUGUGUGAAGCUCCAGCAAUGGUGAUGGCAGUUCACAGCCAGACGGUCCAAAUCCCGCCCUGCCCGGACGGCUGGAGAUCUCUCUGGAUCGGCUACUCUUUCGUGAUGCACACGAGUGCCGGGGCGGAGGGUUCGGGGCAAGCCCUGGCAUCUCCUGGCUCCUGCUUAGAAGAGUUCCGCAGCGCACCCUUCAUCGAAUGCCACGGCAAGGGGACCUGCAACUACUAUGCAAACGCUUACAGCUUUUGGCUCGCCACCAUUGAGAGGAACGAAAUGUUCAAAAAACCAACUCCUUCCACUCUGAAAGCCGGGGAGCUCCGCUCAAACAUUAGCCGCUGCCAAGUUUGUAUGAGGAGAACAUAAGGACUUCCCCCGUCGUAGCUAAUGUCACAAUAUGGUGCUAUUCCUUUUAACAGCAGUGAAGCUGAGGCAUAUAUCCUAUGGACUUCGCUCCUAAUGCCCCAUAUAAAAACCGUCAAGUGCCUUACAGGAACCUGUCUAAUCAAGCCUCUGCUUUCUUGGCUCUUUUCUUGCGGAAGAGGAAGAAGA